GGGUACUCCCUUUAGAUCUCACAUGCAACAUAAAUUGUGAACACCCUCCCUCUCCUGCAGUACCCCCCAAAGCAACACAACACACCUCGCCAACACUGAAAACAGAGCAAUGUCUACCUCCAGAAGAAAACUCCUUCUAAACUCUGUCUCCGUGAACCUGGGCUGCGGAACCUGCAGAAAACCAAAACUUGAUCUCAUAUUCCACCCAAAACCAAAGCCCAAGAACUCCACCACCUACCCAAUACGCAAACUUCAUCACCAUCAUUCAUUUUCAGAUCAUGACUCUGCCACCAGCACCACCACAACCACAAACACCACAUUCUCUCCAUGCAGCUAUGUUGAGUUUGGUGACUAUGAGAAAUCUUCUAGUUCUUCAAACACCAUUAAGGGGCCUGGAAAAGUUGGAAGAAGAAGAAGUGAAAGCGGCGUGGCAGUGGAGAAAGACUCUGAUGACCCUUACCUGGAUUUCAGGCGUUCCAUGCUGCAAAUGAUAUUGGAGAAUGAGAUAUACUCUAAGGAUGGUCUCAGGGAGCUUCUAAACUGCUUUCUUCAGCUCAAUUCACCGCAACACCAUGGAGUUAUUGUCAGAGCUUUCACUGAUAUCUGGAAUGGGGUCUUCUCUGUGAGGUCUGGUCCUGUUCACAGAGGCUAGUUAGCUCCACCUGAAAUGGUAUGUCACGUGACUUCUAGGGGAUGCACGUGGCCAACAAGUUGUACUCGUAUCGUUGCUAAUGUGUGAUGUAAUCAAUAUCAAUAUACUCUAAGAAAAGAAACCCUUUCUGGGUUACGUGUCACCUUCUCCUUUUUCCUGGAUUAUUUUAAGUUUUCUUCUUAUUUCAAGUACCCACUCUUCUUCUUUUAACUUCCCGCUCUUCUUCUUCUGAAAAUUUUCACAAAACUUUGAAAUGAAAUAAGGCUGCACAUGUCAGUCACACCAUCAAUUGGAAUUGGAAAUAUUAAAAAAAAUAAAAAAAUCUCUAUCUCUUCUCAUUUUUCUCUCUCACUUCUUUACUCUUGCUUCCGUCUUCUUCAUCUCUCUUGAAAUUUUCCUAUUUCAC